AGCUGAAGGACCAUUUAUUGUGGGACGCUUCUCUUUUGCACAUCCAUUACAUCUUACUGCAAAGUUUGUGUAUAGAAGAAGCACGACAGAAAUCAGUAGAGUAACUGGCUCCAGCCAACUGAACAUUCGGUUCUUUAGGUAAACACUAUAGAUAAUUGAAGACAAAGCCAUAAGUAUAUCUCCAAGGGUUUCGAGGUAGGAUACUUUGAGAUGUCUCAACCAACUCCGUCUGAUAAAGGAGACAGUGACACCUGUCACCACUCCGAAAACACAGUUCGUCUGUCUGCCACCGAGUACGCGAAGCACAACCUAAUGCAGCGGAAUUACAACCAGUUCGUGCUCGACUUUUUCCAGCUGGCCUUCGCCACCCAGACUGACUCGUCCCAGCAGUUCCUUGACGUCGGCUGCGCCUCGGGCGACUUCACGCGGGACGUCUUGCUGCCCCGAUGCCUGCCUUGCCGGAGGAUCGUCGGUGUGGACUGUUCUCAAGAAAUGAUCGAGCACGCGAGAUUCAACUCGGCCCACGAGAAGCUCGACUUCCGCGUGCUCGACAUCACAGGUGACGUCUCGGAGUUCUUGCAAGAGUUCGGCCACUUCGACAGGGUCUACUCGUUCUUCUGCCUCAAUUGGGUCACUGACCUCACGGCAGCGCUUAAGAACAUCAGCAGGCUCAUGUCGCCCGCAGGCGAGUGUCUUCUUGUGUUCUACGCAGUGAUAGAGGCUGCCGAGGCUUGGAGGACGCUUGCAGCGAUGGACCGCUGGGCGAUGCACUCUGAGACGUUGCUGAAGUUCGUCCCUAAAACACAAGACAUUCAAGACACGCGCCAGCUUCUCGGUUUCGUAUCGAGACUUCUUCAAGAGGCAGGUCUUUUUGCCACUAUCAAGGAGGUUUUGAAGGCCAACACUUUUGAUGGGUGGAUUGAAGAAGACAUUCAUGCGGUGUAUAUGAGCACUCUCCCCAUCAUCAAGUUGAUCACCAAGGAAGAGAAAUCUGAGCUCGACGGCGUCGUCAGAGAUAUAGUCCAUAGAGUGCAUGAUCCAGACUAUCACAGUGGGCGCUUCAAGAUAUUCAUCAUCAAAGCGUCUAAGAUCCCAUGCUGAGGGUUGAGCGUACACGAUAGUUUGGGCCCCUCUUAUACACAUUAUACACAACGCCGUUAUAACUCGAGACAAGAAAAGAACACACUUGUGGAAGAGUGCUGGACCGAAGCAGUACAUUGAAUAAAUCCUCGCACU